AGUUAUACAAACUGUUUGUCUUUCAGAGCCAACAUAUAAUCAGCCAGACCGAACCAACAAGAGGCAGACUGUUUGAGAAGGCUCCCAGCAUCUCAUGAACGAACUAACGGAACUCGAUAAUGCUGGUUCUCCAGAGCCAGGCCUACGACUCAGAAAAGGACACAUGUCUGACACUGCAACAACACAGGCAGCCUUUGAAGAGAACAGCUCUGAGCAGAGGCUUCUUUUAGUGGAGCCACCUCUGUCUUCUGACCAGGAAAGUUGUUCUGAGGACAGUAAACACAAUGAGGAGUCAUCUCAAGAAGACGAAGGGUUUAUGGGUAUGUCGCCUCUUCUACAAGCCCACCAUGCUAUGGAGAGAAUGGAAGAAUUUGUGUGUAAGGUGUGGGAGGGCCGAUGGAGAGUCAUUCCCCAUGAUGUUCUACCUGACUGGCUGAAGGACAAUGACUACCUGUUGCAUGGACACAGACCACCCAUGCCUUCCUUCCGGGCUUGUUUCAAGAGUAUCUUCAGAAUACAUACAGAGACUGGUAACAUCUGGACACAUCUUCUAGGAUGUGUGUUCUUCCUUUGUCUGGGAAUCUUCUACAUGUUUCGGCCAAACAUGUCCUUUGUAGCACCCGUGCAGGAGAAAGUGGUUGUUGGAUUGUUCUUCUUGGGAGCCAUACUCUGCCUCUCCUUCUCAUGGCUCUUCCACACAGUUUAUUGCCACUCAGAAGGUGUUUCCCGGCUCUUCUCCAAGCUAGACUAUUCUGGCAUUGCACUUCUCAUAAUGGGCAGCUUUGUACCAUGGCUGUACUAUUCCUUCUAUUGCAACCCUCAGCCUUGCUUCAUCUACUUGAUUGUGAUUUGUGUCCUGGGCAUCGCAGCCAUAAUUGUCUCACAGUGGGACAUGUUUGCAACCCCUGAAUACCGGGGUGUAAGGGCAGGAGUAUUUCUAGGUCUGGGUCUUAGUGGGGUUAUUCCCACCCUGCACUUUGUCAUCUCUGAGGGGCUCCUGAAAGCAGCCACAAUGGGGCAGAUAGGCUGGCUGGCACUCAUGGCAUGCCUGUACAUCACUGGUGCUGCACUAUACGCUGCCCGCAUCCCGGAGAGAUUCUUCCCUGGCAAGUGUGACAUCUGGUUCCACUCCCAUCAGCUGUUUCACGUCUUUGUAGUGGCUGGUGCUUUCGUGCACUUCCACGGGGUGUCGAACCUCCAGGAGUUCCGUUUCAUGGUCGGCGGCGGCUGCACGGAGGAAGAUGGGAUGCAGUAACACCAGCCUUCAGCCCAAGUUCGUAACCAAAACAGUACCGCAGGCGCGGUUGAAGCAGACAGGCUAGCAAAAUGAAUACCUAAGAAGAAUCCAAGUUUCAGCUGAUGGGGCAUGGAGCUUCAUGGGGAUUCUGACUAACCGAGAUAAAUUCUAUACCUCAAGCAAUGGAAUGAAUCAAUUUGAAGACCAGGAAAUUCUGAAACCCUAAUUUAUUCUUGGGAUCUACAUAUUAAACUACAGAGGACCCUUCCAAAUCGGCUUCUGUUCAAUGCCAUAUUUAUUUGUAGAAGUGGGGAGGGAUAGCUUAGCAGUUUGAUUUUUUUUUUUUAAAGAAAAAAAAAAAUCAAGGUUAAAUUUAUAUCCUCUUGGAGGGUUUGGGAGUUGAUUUUAGAUGCUCUUUUGGGAGAAAAACAAAUUGUAAAUAAGAUUUCUAACUUUCUGUUUAAAUAAAAUUUAUAUAAAUGUUUUAAACAAUGGGUGGGGGGAAAAGGGUUUUUGUAAAGAAUGCAACAUGCAAGUACCACACACUGUUUCAAUUUUGCACAAAAUAAAUGAUUGCAGGAGGACCA